CUCUUUGUCUUCACCUCCUUUCACAUAUGGCGGACGUUGCAGCUGCACCCGGACACGCCGAGGCCGUCUCCACCAAGGUCGACGUCCCGCUCGAUCUGAUCAAGCUGUCGUUGGACGAGCGCAUCCUCGUCAAGAUGCGCGGCGACCGCGAGCUCCGAGGACGCCUUCAUGCUUAUGACCAGCAUCUUAACAUGAUCCUCAGCGAUGUCGAAGAGACCGUCACAACCGUCGAAAUUGACGAGGAAACGUUCGAGGAAAUGGUCAAGACAACCAAGCGAGAGGUCCCCAUGCUGUUUGUCCGAGGAGAUGGUGUUAUUCUGGUUUCGCCUCCUUUGCGAGCACAAUAACUGAUCUGAAUGGAAAACGAUGCUUUGGAUGUUUUUUUUUUUUUUUUGCUUUUUGUAUUGUGUUUGCUGAUGCAUUGUUCGCCACAGCAUUAAAAACAACAAACCCAUACUGAA